GCCAUGGAAACAUCGAUACGCCAACAAUUUUUCUGUUACACGCGAAGUAGUAAUUCGAUUAAUAUGUCCGAGCCCUUAAACAUUUAUUAAUUAAGUAUCAACUGUUCGUGCCAUUGUCAUUGUAGCUAUUCUAACACUUGUUCUCUAUGAUGGGCCUAUUGAAUAUACUGAAGAAGUUGCGUUCUAACCCCGAGAAAGAGCUAAGAUUGCUGCUCCUAGGGCUAGACAAUGCUGGUAAAACGACGCUUCUGAAGCAGUUAGCAUCUGAAGAUGUGACACAUGUGACUCCAACUGCCGGGUUUAACAUUAAAUCGGUGUUGUCCAGUGGCUUUAAGCUCAAUGUGUGGGAUAUCGGCGGGCAGAGGAAGAUUAGACCUUACUGGCGGAAUUAUUUUGAAAAUACUGAUAUUUUGAUUUACGUAGUAGACUGCUCAGACCACCAACGUCUAGAAGAGACAAGUCAGGAGCUGUCAGAGUUGCUACAAGAUGACAAACUGCGGAAUGUACCACUCCUAGUCUACGCCAACAAGCAGGAUUUGUCUACUGCAUUGCCUGCAAGUGAGGUGGCGACCCAUCUCGGUCUCCACCUGAUCAGGGACCGCACUUGGCAGAUACAAGGCUGUGUGGCCACUGACGGCACCGGAGUUAAAGAAGGUAUGGAGUGGGUGUGCAAGAACAUACCAGUAAAAAAGUAAUCAAAUGACUAUUAUCAAUAUUAUAGUUCUUUGUAAUCUGCUUUGUA